AUGUUGAUUUUAUAUGGUACUCUGCUAUUCGCGUUACUUGGAUAUAUCUUUUUGAAAAGAGAAAGAAAAAAUAAUAGUGGGGGAUUAAAAAGUUUACCUGAGGUGCCGGGGAAAAAACCGCUUAUUGGUCACAUUCUAUCAGUAUUGCGUCCGGAUUUUCACAAACGAUGUGCAGAAUGGAAAUAUAAAUUGGGAGAUAUUUAUCGAAUCCAAGUGGGCAACAGCAACAUUAUAGUACUUAAUAGUCCGAAAAUUGUUGGAGAUUUGUUUUAUAAACGAGGCGCUAGGUAUUCGUCACGCUCUGGACAUUUUUUUCUCUGGAAAACCAUUGGACGAGAGAUAUGUUUCGUUUUUUCGCCCUAUAAUGAUUGGUAUAAAAAAAUGACACCAAUAGUGCAUGGAAUCCUAAGCAGAAGAAAAAUAGAAACUUACAUUGAUUUAAUCACGGAAUGCCGCGAUGAUUUAAUAAUCAAAAUUAAAAAUGCGCAAAAUCCUGAAGGAAUAUUUCCACGUUCAUACCUAGAGCACACAACACUAAACAUUAUCCUCAACGUUCUCUAUGGCACGAAAACAAACUUCCAAGAUCCCUUACACCAAAAACUCAUUUCGUUGACUAAUGUCUGGCUCAGCUAUGCCUCCGUCAAAUCUCGAAUUUAUGAUUGGUUCCCGUUUUUGCAAAAAUUUGUUAUGUCCGGUGCUUUGGAGCACCGCGACGAAUGGGAGAAGGUUUUGGGAGAGUUAUUGGAGAAGGUUAAGAGAGAUGAAAAGAAGACUCCUUGCGCAGCGAGAGCUCUUUUGGCGAAAGUCGAAGCAGGGGUGAUUACGGAGUUAGAAAUUAGCCAUUUAGCUAUUAGUCUACUAAUUGCAGGGACAGAAACCACAGCAACGAGUAUUACUUGGAUUAUUGCUGCAAUUGCAAAUAAUCCCGAAAUCCAACUUCGCGCACAAAAAGAACUUGACUCAGUUGUGGGCCAGUUAAAACUUCCAUCUCAUGAAGAUAUUUCUUCUCUUCCAUAUAUUCGGGCAAUAGUUAAGGAAGGUCUACGCUGGGCACCAGCGAUACCAAGGGGAGCAACGCAUACAAUAGAACAAGAUGACGAAUACAUGGGAUAUCACAUCCCGAAAAAGAGUUUAGUACAACUAGGCAUGUUUUCGAUACAUUCUGAUCCAGCGCGAUAUCCGAAUCCACAUAUUUUUAGUCCAGAUCGGUAUUUAGGUGUUAUAGAGAGCGCGGCGACUUUGGCUCAAGGAAAUCCGGAAAAGCGAGAUCAUUUUGCAUUUGGUGCUGGACGAAGGACUUGCACUGGGAUCCAUUUGGCUGAAUUGGAACUUGAAUACUUGAUCGCAUCUAUACUAUCUGCUUUCAAAAUCGAGAUUCCUCACUCAGACGACGAAAGUUCGCCCAGACUCAUAGAUGUAAACAGUUAUUCAUUCAUUGGAGGCGCGCAAUGGAUAAAUCCAUAUAAAGUUUGCUUCAAUCCAAGAUAUUAA